AUGCACCGUGGACCUUCGAACCUUCCUACACCUCCUCCAGAUAGCAUCACAGAGGAAGAAAGAUCGAAGCCAGGCCUCAAGUUUGAUUCGGGAAUGGAUAUUGACUUUCAAAGCGACUCGUUGCACUCCCCGGUAUCAUCCGCUCAGCCGCCUGUCUCACAACUAGAGUCCACUAUUUCUACUACUACAGCGCAGGCGGACUUCAAAGAAGAGAUGAAGAAUGAUUCGGAGUGGAGGAAACCUUCUGUCGAUGAUUUUGAUUUCAUGACGACCUUGGGCACCGGGACUUUCGCCAGGGUGUGGCUUGUAAAGCCUCGGAGCGUGCCGAAUUCUGGCGAGGCACCUCUCUUUGCCCUAAAACAGUUGAAAAAAUCCGACAUUGUUCGGCUGAAACAAUGCGAACAUGUACGCAACGAAAGAGCAAUUUUAGAAGUCUGCCGGCCACACCCAUUUAUCACACAUUACCUGUGCUCGUGGCAAGACCGAAACUCGUUAUAUAUACUUCUUGAAUACUCGCCAGGCGGUGAAAUCUUCGGAUAUCUACGACGAGCGCGCCGUUUUGAUUUUGCCACGACACAAUUCUAUGCAGCAGAAAUCGCAAUGAUCCUUGUAUUUUUACAUAGCCAUGGUAUCGUUUACCGAGAUCUGAAGCCCGAGAACAUCUUACUCGAUGCAAGAGGCCAUGUAAAAUUGGUAGAUUUUGGCUUUGCCAAGGUUGUCGGUGAUCGUGAGACCUACACACUUUGCGGAACACCGGAAUACCUAAGCCCUGAAGUUAUCCAGAGUAAAGGCCACGGUAAAGCUGUUGACUGGUGGGCCUUGGGAGUACUGAUAUAUGAGAUGAGUUGUGGAUUUCCUCCAUUUUACGAUAACUCUCCCUUCGCGAUAUACGAGAAGAUUGUUGCGGGACGGAUAUCGUUUCCUUCAUUGGUCCCAGAGGAAACCAAGGAUAUAGUAAGAAAACUUUGCACCAAAGACCUAUCAGCACGGUUAGGAAACAUGCGUGGUGGCGGCCAUCAAGUGAUGGCGCACAGGUUUUUUGAUGGGAUUGAUUGGCAAGAGCUAGAAAGCCAGGUCAACCCGGGCCCCAUAAUACCACACCUUAGAUUCGCAGGCGACACAAGGUAUUUUGACCAUUACGAGCCACCAGCACCCACAACAGACGACGAAUAUCCCAAAGAAAUGAUGGACAAGUACGAUAUACAAUUCCGGGAUUUCUAG